AUGAUUCAUCACGAAGGUUACAUCUAUACUGUGGAACGUACAACAUCGACGAAAUUGGUCUUUCGUUGUCAGAAUCGAGAUAGUAAAGCUCGAUGUCAUACCAAUUUAUCUAUGGACAUAUUUCUCUCACAACCAACAGCCCACUAUCAUGCUCCUCAACCUGAUCGUAUGCCUGCUAUUCAAUUAAAAAAUGAAAUUAAAGCUCGCGCCGUAACAACAGAUGAAUCAACCAGCUCCAUUAUUCAUUCUGCUUUGCGUACGUAUCCGUUGAGUGCUGCUGAUGAACUUCCAAAAAAUGAAGCACUUAUGCUAAUAAUUCGACGACAGCGUACUGUUGAAACAGUCGAUGCCGACGGUUGUUUACCAGAAAAAUUAAGAAAGACGUAUCGCGAUGAAGACUUCAUCUUGCACGAAGACAAAGAUUUAAUUAUCUUUACAACAAAAACAAAUUUAUCGAUUCUGAAGCAAAAUAAACAUUGGUUCGCUGAUGGAACAUUCAAAGUGUGUCCUGAUGAUUAUUAUCAAUUAUUCCCGUUACACGCGAUGAUGACUAAUGCAAUUAUCCCUUUCGUCUACGGAUUAUUAAUUGGUAAAAGUGCUCAAGAUUACAAUUCAUUCUUCGAAAAAGUAUUAGUACAAGACAAUUUUCAACCUGAAUCAAUUAUGACUGAUUUCGAAACUGGUACAAUCAAAUCCGUUAGAGAAAUGUUGCCAAACGUUUUACAUAAAGGUAUUUUGUAAUAUUGUCAAAAAACAAGUAAUCAAAAUGUUUGUUAUAGGAUGUUUCUUUCAUUUUUCGCAAGCGAUAUGACGGCAAGUUCAAGGAAAAGGAUUGGUAACAAAAUAUAGAGAAGAUGAGUACUUUCGUUUAAAUGUAAAAAAAUUGAUUGCUCUUGCC